UCGGCGUGCAGGGUCUGCAAACAGAGUAAUAUUACAUUACCUGAGGCAGAAUGUGACAUCAGAAGACGGGAAUUAAUCAAAUAAUGCAAAAAUGCAAAAGGGUUUGUGCAUUAACACACCACACCACGCACACACACACACACAUACAUACACAUAAACACAGUCUGUCAACGAUGGACAACAUGAAGACACAAAACAAAUACUGAAAUUCCAAGACAUUCAAGCAACAGCUGUCCCCUUUGACACACACACACACACAGGCACACAUACACAGACACACACACACACACACACACACUUUUAGCCUCUAGGUGUUUCUUUCCUUUCUUUCUCUGUCUCUUUCUCAAGCACUCCUAAUUGGCCACAAGCUGAGUAAUGUGACCAAUGGGCUGCUGUGCUGGCGUUCCUCUGUGUGUGCCUGUGUCGAUAUGUGUGUGUGUGUGUGUGUGUGUGUGUGUGUGUGUGUGUGUCAGUGAGUGUGCUCAGGAGCUGAUCAGGGUAUCUGAGGCUCCCCGUGUCCUGUACAGAAGAGUUUUUGGAAGACUCUGACUCGCCGAGUUACACUUGGACCUACAAUUCUACAAACGUUUAGACUUUUGAUUCGUGGGACAAAAGACAGACGAGCGUCCAGAGGAGACCAGUGAGGUCCAAAUCGUCAUCUUCAUUACCCCCUACCCUCCCCGUUGGCAUGGCAACCAGCAGCUCAUCAUUACCGCUAAUGAAAACCAAACCUCAGCAGCAGAGAUUGGUCAGCAAGGAUGGGCGGAGUCUUAUGCGCAGCCCUGCCUCCGGUAUACGGGAAAUGUGGAUCGGGGCGUUUAAGGACAUGUGGGGAGCGUGGCUUUCCUUGCGUUGGCGUUGGGUGGUGUUGGCAUUCUGUGGUUCCUUCCUUCUCCACUGGCUUCUCUUUGCUGUACUGUGGUAUGUCUUGGCGCGUGCCAAUGGUGAUUUGGACGUCGACCAUGACAACCCACCGCCUGGGCAUACGCUGUGCGUCAAAUAUGUCACGGGAUUCACUGCCGCCUUCUCGUUCGCCCUGGAGACCCAGCUGACCAUCGGAUAUGGGACCAUGUACCCCAACGCCGAUUGCCCUACCGCCAUUGCCCUUCUUGCCUUGCAGAUGCUCCUGGGGCUCAUGCUUGAGGCCUUCAUCACUGGUGCAUUCGUGGCUAAAUUUUCUCGUCCACAGAAGCGCUGCAGUGGAAUCUUGUUCAGCCCUAAAGCCGUGGUGUGUGAAGUCGAAGGUCAACGUUGCCUAAUGUUCCGCGUGUGUAACCUGCUCUCAAGGCCGCUGGUUGAUGUGUGUUUGAGCGCUGUGCUCUAUGAGGAACAGGACGAUCACACAAUCCACCAAACCGCCCUGGAUUUCCUGUUGGACGGCUUGGGCUCGCGACCUUGCCCCCUCUUCCUGUCACCUUUGACCUUUCUCCACCCCUUGACCCCAGACAGCCCACUGAAUCGUGCCAUGCCACCUUCAGGCCAGUCGCAGUUCGAGCUGGUCGUGUUUCUUUCUGCUUCCCAGGAGGGCACUGGAUCCGCCUACCACAAGAGGACGUCCUACUUGGCCGACGAGAUCCAAUAUGGCCGCCGUUUCACCAAGGCGGUCCUGCACGGGGAACGGCGGAACAGCACUCAGGCCAUGCGCUAUUUCGACACACACAUGUGCCCACUUAUGGGACCCAACACAUACAGCAACUCUCGGGACAAGGAGUGUGUGGUACAGGUCAAUGGCGAUGGUAACGAUGCUAUGGAAUAGCUGUGUGUGUGUGUGUGUGUGUGUGUGUGUGUGUGUGUGUGUGCCCUGCAUUGUUCCUCAUCCACUCUGUGCACAUGAAAGGACAUUUCACUUGAGAACAACAAUCACAUAAGUCUUUACACUUCAUUCCAUUAAUCAUAAUCACUACCUAGAA